AUGCGCAUUUUCAACGUUGAUACGAUCAGCCCGAUACCAACGCCUCAAUCGACUAUCGCCAAAAAUCAACACGUGCAAACCGAUGACCCAAGUAAACACAACAAAUAUAUUCAAACAACCACAACGAAUACACCGACAAGAAAUGCGCACAUUCAGACUUCAUCAACGAAACAACGAACAGUAAUGACACAACUGAGUAAACGGAAAGUUAUAACGAGGGAUGUUGCGAUGCAAUUCGAUCGAAUGUUAUAUUAUAAAGAUAUUGAAAGGAUUAUCAAUCAUGUUAUUAUGCGAAUAUUUUCAUCGAAACGAUUUGCUGCAGUUUUGAACGGAAAGGCACAAAAAUCGAAUAAUCAAGCGCCGCCACUCUACGCGAAUCGUCUUAAUCGUAUGGGUACAAGGAAUCGUUAUUGCACACUCGUAAACAAUCGGAACAAUCAAGAUUCACUGAACAAACUAUCGAGUUAUAAUCGAGGCUUCAAUGUGAUAUCACGACAACAAUUGCUACGCACACUCGAUCGUAUCAUCGAUCAAAAGCAACAAAUCAUUUUAAAUGAGCGAACGUGCGCCUCGAAGUCUCUGCCGUUGUCUCGCAUAAGAACAAAUUUUCGGCAUUCCGAGAAUGCACUCGAGUCAAAGCGAAAAGACCAAUGCAAAAAUGGUUGA